GCAGGAAGUACAAUCAUAAAUUCUGGAGCACAAACCAACACGGAUUAUUUAUUUUAUUUCAAAAUAUGGACAUGAAGACAGGGGGGAAACACUUUGACCGGCCCGACUGAAGACAUGAAUCAACCUUUGCUGCUUCUCAGUCUGUCGCUGCCAGUCCUCUUCUGGGCCAGCGCAAAGGGUCAGAACCUGGUCGAGAUCACCUUCCAGACGGACCCGGUGCUGGUUCGAACCGGUGAUGAAAUCGUCUUCACGGUGCUGACGGUGCCCCAGGUUUUCAGCAUGCAGUGGCAGUACCAAGGAGGGGUCACCGUGGCGCUGUGGAACCAAGUGGGCGGGUCCAUUAACCAGGGGACCCAGUUCGACGGCAGGACCACCGUCACAGCCAACCAGCUCCGAAUCACAGGCGCCCAGCUCCGAGAUGCAGGGGCCUUCACCGUGACCGUUGUCCCCGGCGGCACAACGGGCCUCGUCCAAAACUCCAAGACGACUCAGCUGAGGGUGUUUGAGGCGGUUGCCGGGGUGACUCUGCUGGUCCCCUCCUUGGCAGUGGAGGGGCGCAAUGUGUCUCUGAGCUGCACGUGGACCAGCGGGACAGAGAUCACGGUCCAGUGGGGCAAGGGAGGCGCGUCCAUCCCCGCCGACCCCAGGAUCACCAUCUCGGCUGGCUCGCUGGUCAUAAACCCGGCCAUACGGGGGGACGCCGGGGAGUACGCGUGCACCGCCAGCAACCCCGUCAGCGCCCAAACUGACACCCGGCGCCUCACUGUUUACUAUGGCCCGGACACGCCGGUGCUGACCAAGGUCUCCCAGAAAGUGUGUGUCGGCGGCGGCGACGUGAUGGCGGGACAGACCGUGCGUCUCACCUGCACGUCCGACUCGCUGCCCCCGGCCCUCUUCUCGUGGCAGCGUGACGGGCAGGCGGUGGCGCCGGGACAGCCGGACAGCGGGGUGCUCACCGUCCAGACCCUCUCCACGCCAGGAAGCGCACGCUACGUCUGCACGGCCAGAAACGGCGUCCUCAGCACCACGUCGCAGCAAGGGACGGACCUGUCCAUCGUCACCACAUGUCUGGAUGUAGGGGAAGUGGUGGGGAUUGUGAUUGGAUGCUUGCUGCUGAUCCUAAUCAUCGUGCUCCUCAUCGUGCUCAUUGUCUUCCUCAUACGGAGGCGGAGGGCACAACCGAGAGCCGGUGAUAGUGCCGUGCUCGUGCAGAAGACCACAGACCCACAUCACAGGCCUAUACCUCCAGAUCCACUACCUAAUGGUGCAAGGGAUUUGGGCCAAGGUCCCCCUCCCCCGCUCUAUCACUUGAACACACACACCCUUCUGCCUGACCGCUUGUACACAGACCCGCCCGCAGAUCGCGGCAACCUGCAGCCGCUGAACGGGCUGCCAAACGCCGACACGCGGCAACACAACGGCCACACCCGCACAAACGGACUCCUACGGAACGCUUCUCAGAAUGCCAAUUCGUACCCACACAACGGCAUCGACAACCGGACCUUCGCGCACACCGAUGGUCAGAAUGCCGCCGCACCGCCGAACCCACAGCCACAAAACGCCAACAUCGUCAUCCAGACCGGGGCUCACCAGGUCCGCCUGAACACGCUGGAGCAGAACAACCGUGCUCAAAUGCCCACCAUUCAUGUUAACCUUACCUCGUACCCAAACACCGGUCAACAGGCUCGGGGAGAAAACUCAUUUCCGCUGACCGACACCAACAAUCACAACGCUUUGCAAAGCCAACAAAACGUGACGCGUACAGACCAGUCAAAUCCCGGGAUGCAAAGUGGGCAGUCCUAUCCCAGUGACCCCCGGCUGAAUGGUCACCAGGAUCAACCUGGCCUAGUCCAGACUGGAUACACACACCAUAAUGGAAAUGACUCAUCUCAGCGAAACGCCAACACGCAGACGUACCGGCAGGAGCCAGAACCUCCUCGCCGGUCCAACACAAACUCAUGGGAUCUUCUGAGAGGGACACCAACGUAUCCCAGCGGCACUCUUCAAAGAGGACGGACGGCGCCCGAGUACACUUCUGACUACACAGACUACACCACCCAUCCUCCCAUACGAGAGGCGAGAGCGCCAACCCGAUCCCAGCCCCCACCUCGGAGCCGAACCACUUCCCGGAGCCGAGCUGCGGCCAGUUCACCGCCGGCGGACAGGCGGACGCGGGGCCGCUCAGCCGAUCUCCAAGGCCCGAGCGGUCGCGGUGUAACACGGUUUGAGGCUGAGCACCAGACACAGAGAGGCGGCCACACACAAAGGGAGGGCGCCCAGCGAGACAUCAGAGGCCCGUCUGGUAGCCAGAGCGCCCCCGGGCAGGAAGCCACACACGACAAUAGCCCCCAGGCGCUGCCUCUCGCGAGCCAGCGGGUCUCAGCGGGCCGUUCUGCUCUGCCACAAGGGCCGGGGACACAGCGGGGGCCCACUGCGCCGCGGGGUGCGGAUUCAAGAGCUUUGGCUGAUCCUAAUCACCUUCCACAGACACACGUGGCCCAGCAACACAGAGCCGCGCCGGUCCAAACGCAACCACAAGGCCCAGGCAAACAGACGCAUCCUGUCACAAACGGCGCCAAUCGGCCCGGCCAAGGAGGCGCGGCUCCAGUCCCGCUUACCCAGGCUGCACUCACAGCCCACACCGAGGGGGCUCAAGUAUUUCAGAGUCGGAGGGAACAGACCCGGGCGGCUCUGCUUCAUUCCGAACAGGAGGCACGGGCCCUCGCUGCUCGCCACGCGCCGACUCCCCCCCCGGCGAUCCCCCUCGCGCAGUUCCAGACCCUCCCCCCCGAGAAGAACCAGCACAGGUCACCCGCCAGAGGCCCUCAGCCCGCGGCGGCUCAGCGCCCAGCGCGAGCCCGUCCGCGGCACGCCGACCGACACCGCCGCCCCGGAGACGGCGGAGGGGGGCAACCCCGCCGCGGCCCCCAACCGCAGAAGGCUUCCAGAGGGAGACCCAGAUGAUGGCAGAUACUGCAGCCCGCAACUCUCUUGCAUGGAUCCACUGACACAAGCAAACGGCUGACAGACGUGAUCCAACACCCCGUCGAGCAAGACUGACUGCACAAAGUGUCACUCCCAGCAUUCGCUGACGCACCCCAGCGCCUCAAAUGAGAGCAAUUGUACGUCCUAUGGGGAUGAUAUAAAUGUCUUACUUUACUAGAAAGAACUAAGUAUCUUAAGGGAGGAGGCUAAAUGUGCAUAAUCCCAGAAUGUACAUGAUGAUACUGGAGCAUAUUUUCUCUCACCAAGCACUAGGCCCACAUGUAUUGUUCUGUUGUGACUUCUGAAGCUCUGGUCAUGCAUCAGCGUAGACAGGUUCAGUGAUCCAUAGCUCUAGAUCAAGCUCACCUCCCUUCUUCCAUUCAUCAUCAAAAGUUAUCAACACUGCCUUGACAAACGGCUAUUGAGGUGCUGCCGUUAUAUUUGUGUUUCGCCUCUUAGUGACGGACAGGGGCGGCGACAUUUACAGAGGAAGAAAUGAUCCAUACGGGUGGUCUUCGAUGUACAUGAAAGUAUUUAUUCAGCGCCUUGUGUUUACAGAAGCGUCUUGCGACACUUCUCGUAGCAAACUAUAGAGGGGGAUCCCAUUAAUCAAUGGAAUGCUUUAAAUCAAUGGCAUUGCUCUAAUUGAAAUAAUCACACCCUUGCGAAAAUGAGGUCAGCCCAAAGACUUGAUCUGCCACGCUUUCUGUGGGGGAAAAAGCACAAUGUAACAAUGUACUGUCCACACUGGGUCGUGGACAGCACGUUUAGAACAAUGGGAUGCCCUUAUUCCUUUUACAGAUUUUGUAUUUAUUGAUUUAUAAUGUUUGUGCUUUAUUUUAAGUGUGUAAAUGGGUUGUUCAGGUUACAAAAAUCGAUGUCAAUGCCAUUAUUAGUCAAUAAAUCUUUCCACGUGCAAUUUCA